CCACACAUUGGCUAACCCAAUCUUCUUGGAUUAGGAUGAAGUUUCCCAUCGCUUGCAUCGUUUUUACAAUAUUUACAUCAUCGCAAGUCAGUUUUGAAGUUAUAAUUCGACAAUAAAGUUCAAAACUUGCUUACGCAUCCUUGUGGGCACUAUUGUUUCGCCAACACUAAAUGGCAACACGACGGGCGGAGCUGCUGGGCAGGGAGGGCCUGGGUGGCCGGGGAAGGAGGCGAGGGUCAGCAGGAACGGGGCGGUCAGGCAUGCUAUGGAGGGGAGGCACCAGUCUUCUCAUUGACACUGCUGUAGGUGUUGGUGUCUUCCCGCUGUACUACACGAAGACGCCGGGCUCGCAGAGAAGCAUCCGAAUAACACAGCUUCAAUUCACCGUUGAGUGGCCACCAGCAUGAAGGAGAAAAUACAGGGCUUCGAGGCUUUGGAGAAGGACACGCACGCGUCGCUCACACAAGACAAGGAUGCAGCGAUAAAAGAAAGCAAGACAAAUGACAAACAAGAGGAACAGGAGAGGGUGACUGCCUGUUUAAUGCCAUCUAAGUCGAAGCCUGUGAACUCUGUUUCGCCUGCUCUGCUUCCACAGGUGCUGGGUACGGGGAUGGCGGCCCUGGCACAGGUGGACAUUGGCGCCAUCUUUUCCUAUCCUGGAGUGACGCUGCCGCAGCUACUCGACGAAACGUCCGAUGAUCUCAUUUUCAGCACGACCCAGGCAGCUUUGUUUGGGAGUGUGAUCUACCUCGGAGCCAUGGUGGGCUCCUUCCUGGCCAGCAUGCCGAUGGUGCGUCUGGGCCAGCGAGUGACGCUCCUCAUUGCGCUUCCGCUAUCUUUCGCCUCUUGGGUGACUCUUGUCCUCGCGCCGUCAGUCUGGAUGGUCCUUGCUGCCCGCCUGUCUCAAGGCCUUGCCCUCAGUCUCAUGACCAGCUCGUCUACUACCUAUGUGGCAGAGUUGGCUCACAGCUCUGUGCGAGGUCGGCUGAUCGCCGCUAUGGAUCUCAGCCGUCAAAUGGGUAGUUUGUUCAUCUUCUCGUUGGGCACUUCACCUCUUAGCUGGCGCCAGGUGGCGCUGACCGCCGCUCUCAUGAACACAAUCUUGCCUUUCAUUGGGUUUUUGUUAUUGCCUAACUCUCCUCGCUGGUCGGCCACUCGAGGCAGGACUGACGACGCUCGUCGGUCACUCACCUUCUUCAGGGGACACAGUUACGAUACAGAAAAGGAAUUGGAUGCUAUUAUCAAUCAGUUGCAAAACCCAUCUAAGGAUACGAGUGUGUCUCUGCAGCUAAGACAGCUGCGUGAGCCCGCCAUCCUUCGCUACGUGAUCAUCAUGUCCGUGGUUCUGUUCCUCAUGCACUUCAACGGCUCCAGCGUCAUCCCAGCGUACAUCGUGAUCAUUAUGAACACAGCACGUGUCGAAAUGAGCUCUUAUCUCGCUGCCAUCGCCGUGUGCAUCACCAAGAUCGCUGGUACGUUUUGUUUCGGCUUCGUAAUAGAUCGCAUCGACCGCAGGCCUCUAUUUACUGUUACCUGCUUAAUAAGUGCCGUGUCUAUGGCCAUCUUAGGCUGCUUCUUCUUCGAUCAAGAAAAUAGUCAAUACAUCCAGCAUCUGGAAUGGGUCCCUCUUCUCUGCCUCACAACCUACGCAUUCUUCUCCGCGUCUCCUGUGAUCGGUCUGCUCCGGAGCGAGCUGUUCCCUACGUCAGUCCGCUCCAGUGUGGUGCCCAUCCUCUACACGACGUUUUUCGUGGGUGCUUUUCUUGCCCUCCAAACUUACCCGUACAUCGUGGUGGCGUUGGGGCCUCACGGGGCGUUCUGGCUGUUUUCUGUAUGCAACCUCACCUUGAUCAUGAUUGUAGUCUCAACGAUUCCAGAGACACGAGGAAAAACUCUUGAACAGAUCACCGAAAUUCAAAGACGGGCUACUCGCCACAACGAGUAAUCCCGCCCUUCAUAUGCCCUCAUCUGUCAACGCUUCGGUAAUCAAGAGAAAUGAUGACCAACAGGUUCCCUCGAGUCCUACCCGCCGCCACAGCUACGAUUUUUCAGUCACCGCCGAGUGGCCAAAGAUUACCCACUUGCUGUCCUGAAGACCAACUAUCAUAUUAUAAAAGAAAAAUAUCAAAUGCAAACUUGGAGGAUAAAUGGAAAGAAUGGGCACGGAACAGCAGCUAGUAUAUCAGAAUGAAGAUUACCGAAAAAAAUGGACAAUGCAGAAGGCAGAUAAUUUAGUAAGGCGGAAUAGGAAUGUAAGGAAAAAACCUUGCCCAAAUUUACCAUAAUGAACAAUUUCGAAACCAAAGAAAACGUACUGGCAAUAUACGGAGACCACAGGGAUAUAGGUAAGCAAGAUCACUCAGACAACCCAGAAUGCAUCGCAGAAAAAAAAAUGCAGUAUUGGUUUCAUGCUUGAUGCUAGUUAAAUGUAAGUUAGGCAUAUAUUGAGUGAGUGCCAGGUGAAUUACAUUGUCUUAACCACUGUCUUAAAAAAAGUUUGAUUGCCCUGAUAAAAAGUUAUACGAAUUUGAAAAUAAAGAAGCUGGAGAUGAUGCCGU